AUGGUCCAUCAACCAAGUACGUGGGAGCUCUCUCUUGAUCGUGCGAAGCAGCAAUUUCGUGACCAUCAACACGAAUGUCAGUAUGAUGGGAGAAUCAAGGGUUCCUGCAAGCUGCCAACUUUGAUGCAAACCAGCUCCAAAGUGAGAAGCACCACGAUUUUGGAUAAUAAGCAGGAUAUUAGCUAUAAUAGCGAGUUUCCUUUCGCUUCAUGGGUUGAAUCAGUUACUGAGGCGGUCGAUCUCCACGGAAACCAUACUUCAUGCAUUCCAACAAACGGAGGUAUGCAAGUAUUUGACUAUGCACAAAAGGCUGGCAGUUUUUCAUCCAAAGUGAGUGUAGCGUUCAAUGCCGAAGAUACAUCUACCGCAACAUCUGAUAGAGUUUUCAAUGAAAACUAUCGAGGUACCAUGAUCCAAUACCUCUGGAUGUACACUGAGAGGCCGGUUGGAUCCCACAUGUCCUCAUCUGAUGAGUCUUACACUCGAUCUGUUUCAACGGCUUCUGGUCCAAGUUUGUCAUCUUCGUUUGCAUCGACUACAUCGACUGACAUGACGACGCCAGUGCCUGACGAAAAUCAUUCCCAAAUACCCAGCUGGGAUAAAACUCUGCCACCCAUGCCACUUAUUGACACCUCAAAUGGUGUUCAUAGAUACGAAUCAAUAACCAAGAUACCCCAACACGACCUGGUGCUAGAUAAGUAUCCAGUACACGAAGAUGUGGAUAGAAAGGCAUACGAGUUCAUUCCGUCAGCAAUCCUCAAGGGUGAGAGCCGUCCAACCAAUCCCGAAAUGAUUCGUAAAGCUGCAGAAGUUGGUCUUCCUUCCAAUCCAAAUUACAAAGGCGAGCUCACCAACUUCAAUCUCCGCAAUGCGAGGUGUCUCGACCACGAGAAUUGUUCGGUGAGAAUCCAUAAAAUUGCUCCAGAAGCUAGUCAUUCCGAGAUCUUCGCUGUGAUUACCUAUGGCAAGGUUUUCUCCUUUAACUACACUCCUCCCAUCAAAGGACUUUUUACUCAUGCCGCUGCCGAUCUUGUCUUCCUCACUCGAGAAGCAGCACAAGACUUCAUUCAUGACGCGAAGUUCGGCCGUGGCCUUUAUAUUCGCGGAGAGAGACUCAUAGUCAUGUGGAAUAGGAUUAAAGUAAUGCCAGCGGAAGGUCGAUAUGAGAAAAUGUCAAGAGUAGUCAGAAUUAGAGGCCCAGCCACCAAAUUGUCGGCAAAAACUGUUGAAGCAUUCUUUCGGAGCAGAUUUGAGUUCGAUCUCGUCACGAGCAAAGAAUGGGUCCAGAGAGAUGGGUGGAAAAUUGUCGAAUUAGCGUUUUCGUCUAUCCGUAGUCAAAGUGAGUCGGCGGUAAAAAGUUUCAAGCUUUAUGUCGAACAGAAGAUGCCAAAUAUUGGAUACCAUAUCUGGUAUGCUCCUGAUCCAUGCUUCAAGCUUGAUCGCAUAGGAAAUUUUCGAUUAUCCGAAAAUUAA